CAACCCUUUCACACAUUUCCCCUGAAUCAACAUCAUGUGAAAUUAUCAUUAUAAAUGAUCCCAGCAUGUUGUGAUUGGCACAGCCUGCAUUUCCUGUCUUGAACUUGUGUGCAGGUGCAGACUGAGUUAUUAAAUGGACUUAGAUACUGUUUCCCAUAAUCCACUGGAGGGUGCAAAAUCACAUACACAUACCUGUAACUACUGACAGAGCCACAGCAACCCAUGUCCACAUUGGCCAAAUCUGUCUAAACCCCCUGCUGUGUAACAUCUACACUGAGGCAUGUCACUUGCUUCAUUUUUAUGUUUUUGCCCUGUUUUAUUACAUGAAACAAUCCCCUUUCCAAUUGUUCAGAGAUCUUUAAUCCAUCUUCAGAUCGGCUUAAUGCAGUGCGGCUCUAAUAGGAUCGCUGGUAUUAACCUCUGGGACAAUACCGCCAGCUGUCCCAGAGCCCCCUAUUGGCCAGGCUGAAGUACAGGGUAAGGGGGUGUGAUGGGGCAGAACGAAGAGAGACUGAGAGAGAGAGAGAGAGGAGGGUAAUGUGUUAGUGACUGAAAAGGGUGAUGGGCUUUUGUAGUGACCAAUGGUGGAUUGACAAGUGUUUUUUCUCGGAGGGACAUUCAAUACCAUCAUUACUACCUUCCUAAUUUACUCCUUCGUUCUCUACAUGUCUGUUUCUUUUUGCCCCCUCGGGACGUUUGUGCACUCAGGUCAGGGUGUUUGUAUGGCUAAUUGAUCGGGCAGUAGACGUGGACGUGUCACCAUGGCUCUGGGUGCGGUGUGGAGCCGCAUUAAAAAUGUGUGCCAACAGAACGGCCUCCUCAUCUUGUCAGUAUUGGCCGUGGUUAUCGGAUGCCUGCUGGGCUUCUUUCUGCGCUCCAAACACCUCUCUGAGCAGGAGGUGAAGUACUUCCAGUUCCCAGGGGAGCUGCUGAUGCGGAUGCUGAAGAUGCUCAUCCUGCCUCUAGUAGUUUCCAGUUUGAUGUCUGGUUUGGCAGCCCUGGAUGCUAAGUGCUCCAGUCGACUGGGCAUUAUGACAAUCUCUUAUUAUCUGUGGACGACUUUUGUGGCUGUGGUGGUGGGCAUUGUCAUGGUCGUCAUCAUCCACCCAGGUGGAGCUGCCCAGAAGGAGGAUUCGGAGGACAGCGGGAAGCCCAUCAUGAGCUCAGCUGAUGCUCUGCUGGACCUUAUCCGCAACAUGUUUCCAGCCAACUUGGUCCAAGCAACUUUUCAGCAAUAUCGCACAAGGAGCAUCCCCAUCAUGAAGCCCAAACCAACCAUUGGUCAGGACGUACUAGACGCCACCACCAGACGGGUCUUCAUUUAUGGGAUCCAGGAUGACAACGGCACAGAUAUCCAGAACUUCUCCCUGGACCUGACGCCACCUCCAGAUGUGGUCUUCAGGACGCUUCCUGGCACCAGUGAGGGCAUGAACGUCCUCGGUAUCGUGAUCUUCUCAGCUACUAUGGGAAUCAUGCUUGGAAGAAUGGGACCAAAUGGCAGCGCUCUCGUCAACUUCUGCCAGAGUCUCAAUGAAGCCGUGCUGAAAAUUGUGGCCAUUGUUAUAUGGUACUUCCCGUUUGGGAUUGUGUUUCUGGUGGCGGGAAAGAUCUUGGAAAUGGAUGACCCCUCAGCUAUGGGGAAGAAACUGGGCUUCUACGCCAUCACUGUUGUCAUGGGGCUGGUGCUUCACGGCCUGUUCAUCCUGCCUUCCAUGUAUUUCUUCAUUACGAAAAAGAGUCCCAUCGUCUACAUCCGAGGGAUUUUACAGGCCCUGCUCAUCUCAUUAGCUACUUCAUCCAGCUCUGCCACGCUGCCUAUCACUUUUAAGUGCCUCCUGGAGAACAACCACAUUGACCGCCGCAUCAUUCGCUUCGUACUUCCUGUUGGUGCCACUAUCAACAUGGACGGCACUGCCCUAUAUGAGGCCGUGGCAGCCAUUUUUAUUGCUCAAGUCAACAACUACGAGCUGGACUUUGGACAGAUCAUCACCAUCAGCAUCACAGCUACAGCAGCGAGUAUCGGAGCUGCUGGCAUUCCACAGGCCGGCCUGGUAACCAUGGUGAUCGUGUUAACCUCAGUGGGACUUCCUACAGAUGACAUCACUCUUAUUAUCGCUGUGGACUGGGCGCUGGAUCGGUUCAGGACGAUGGUGAACGUGAUGGGUGAUGCUCUGGCCACAGGAAUCAUGGCACACAUAUGCAGAAAAGACUUCGUGAAGGAGGGCGAGGAGAUUCCUCUCAUCUGUGAGACCAAGCCCAUGAUCAGCAUCCAGCAGAUGAUGUCCUAUCAGAAAAACGGCUGCUUCCAGCCCCCUCCACCGGGCCCCCUGAGGAAACCCGAGCACCUGUCUCCUGACGUGGCCCGUCUCAUGCAGCUGGAGGAGGGCAUCAGGCCCCCGGACAAGAAGAGGUCCCCUCAUCUGUCUCCACACCAUUACAAACGAGACCAUAAAGACAAAGACCACUGUACCAUAGACAUGAACGGUCUGGAGACCAAUGUCUAGACUCCUUCACAGACCAAAACUGAGCUGCAAGACGCCAGCCGUUCUCUUUCUCUACCUUUGGAUUUGUGUGUGAAUGUCUUUGUAGGGAGUUUCACGACGGGAAGCUGAAGCGAUCGGGGGCUGUGAAUCUUUGGACCUGCUGGGGGGAUUCACUGAACGCUGUUGACCCCGGAGGCUGAGCUCCUGGCCGAAGUGUGUGGAGGAAGAUCGGUGUACGUAUGAGUGCUAUUGUCAUUGUGUCCUUUCCCUGUGAUCCACAGGAGAGAAGAACAACACUCUUCAUGGACAGCUUGUCUGAGGAGUGUGGAUAUGAGUUGUUUUAUUAUGCUGCUGAGAUCUUUUUUCAUCUUCAGAAAGGUUCUUUUUCAAAGCUUUCUCUGUUUAAGUCUGCUCUUUCGGUAAAAGAGGGAGGAAAAAACUGUCCCCUGAAGAAGAUUUAACCACCAGUGAUCACAUACAGCGGCCCCAAGAAGUUUUUGGACACUUAUAGUAUUAAAAGUGUCCAAAUAUCAGUGCAUUAUAUGAGGGGUUUCAGCCUUUAACUCCAUCUAGAGCUGUAGACAACCCUGAAACUUAAACAUGGCUAUAGCUUAGGGCUUAACAUAAAUAUAUAUAGAGAGAGAGAGAGAGAGAGAGACUUAAAAUGCAAAAACCUCCAAAUCUGUCUGAGAUUUUUCUUUUAAAUGAGUAUUUUAAUCAGGCUCCUAUGAAAAUAACAUUGGACAUUUGAAAAUAAGGCAUUCGAUAACUGACUAAUAACCUUGCCAUUAAAGUGAAAUUACUGAACCUAAAUAUCGGAGUCUGGUAAAAAAAAAAAAAAAAAAAAAAUGCUCAAUUAAAAGAAAAAAAUCCGAGAGGUUUUUGCAUCUGAAGUCUAUAUAGAUAAAAGCCUGUUUUGACAUCAAAAGUAUUUGGAAACUUUCUGACUGUCAAACAUUAGAACGAUCAUGUGACACUGAAGUAAUGAUGCUUGACCAAAACUCCAGCUGGUUAAAAGUUAGUUUUGAGACAAGAUGUUUAUAAGUUAGUAAGAAAAGCUCCAGCAUCUUUUGUUUGUAGAUGCUUGGCUUGAUCUUUUAUCCAAUGCACUGCUGUUUUAUGAUUAUAUAUUCAAAUUGGACUUUUUUUUAAGUGUACAAAUAUUUUUGGGGAAUACUGUAAAUAUAUACA